CUCUCUCUCUCUCUCUCUCUCUCUCUCUCAGUGUCUCAGAUUUCUCUUCCUUCUUCAAUCUCUUCGUUCUAUUCUCUGCAAACAUUGAAAAAUGUGUGGUGGUGCGAUCAUAGCCGACUUCAUCCCUCGCAAUAGAAACCGCCGUGUCACCGCUCGAGACCUCUGGCCCAAUUCGCCCUUCGCUAAAACUGAUGACGACUUCGAAUCCGACUUCCGCCGCUUCAGUCAAGAAGAAGAGACCAAGAAACUCCCUUCCCCUGCAGAUGCAGGUGACGGUGCUGCUGGUGAAAACAACGGCAAGAGAAAGCGAAAGAAUCUGUACAGAGGGAUUCGACAACGCCCAUGGGGCAAAUGGGCGGCCGAGAUCCGUGACCCUAGGAAAGGGGUUAGGGUUUGGUUGGGUACCUUCAACACCGCGGAAGAGGCGGCAAGGGCUUAUGACAGGGAAGCAAGGAAGAUAAGAGGAAAGAAAGCCAAGGUUAAUUUUCCCAACGAAGACGAUGAAUACUCAGCUCCUAAUGCCCAGGUGCCCUCCCAUCGAAACCCUCAGCCUUUGUAUAAUCAGACCUACUGUGGUGGCAUCCCGAAGAAUACGGAUUUUGGAUUUCCCGCUCAUCUGAAUCAAGCGUUUCCUGCCAAUGGUUACUAUGGCGGCGUUCCUCCUGUUAACCCAAACCCCAUUGUCUUUCUCCCUCACGGUGACAUGUCGAGCUCUGCAUCUGGAUCGGAGGGUGCAGCUUCGUCUCCGAGCAUGAUGGGUAGCGACCAGGACGGAGGUGACGCUUGUUUUCAACAGGUUAAUAUGAAGGUGAAGGGGGAGGGGUUAUUGGAACCAAAACGAGAAAGCAACAAGGGGAUAUUGAUAGAAGAUGACGAAGUACAGAAGCUUUCGGAGGAGCUAAUGGCGUUCGAAUCUUACAUGAAGUUCUAUCACAUUCCAUUCGAUGGUGGUGUCGAGCAGCCCACGACAGCGCCGAAUCCAGCUCAGGAGAACAUUGCGGGAGGGGUCUCCCUUGACCUCUGGAGUUUCGAUGAUGUUCCUGCCGCUUCUGCCGCCAUGGUCUCAACAGCUAUGUAAUGUUGUGCCUCAUCAGUUUUCUCAGGCGCAUGAUUUUUUUUCCUUUCCUAUUUCCUUUGUCAUCCGUCGAACUUCUAUAUAAUUUGGGAGAAACUUCGUUUGAUGGUGUCGGUAUGGUGCAUGUAGUUCCAUAAGAUUUUGAAUGUUUUUUGUUUUUUUUUGGUUAAUAGAUAGAUGGAUCAAACGGGGAAAGCGUCAAUGGGUUUCAAUUUUCUCUCUGUUAAGGCUUCUGAAUCUUCUCCCAAAUUAACUGUAUUUAGUUUGAUUUCUUUGUAUUAUUAUUAUUAUGACAUUUUAUUGUCUUCUUCCAACAAUUUCUUCUUUCAUUA